CUGGCUGCAGCCGGUUCCAUCCGGCCCGAGAUUAAGAUUUCACUUCCGGUGGGGAGGGGCUGUGAGGAGAGGAAGAUGCGAGGCCUGAUCAGUGGAGAGUGUAGACCAGACGAGUUGGGCGACUGAUGUACUGUGGAAAAUAAUUUAAAAUAGCAAAUUGGGCCACUGUCAGCAUUAUUUUAUAGCGGCAGAGCCAAGUCGCAGAGUUUAUUUUAAUAGGACAGAGAUUUAAGACUUCGGGUGCGCGGCUUUGCAAAAAACGCAAGAAGCAGCGUUGCCCCCGGUCCUAGUGCUAAUACUGUCAUUAGUAAUAGUUAUACCAAUAAUACUGUUAUAUGGUGGUUUUGAUAGUAAAGGAGUGCCAUGAGUUUUUAAAUAGUUUUAUAUAAUAUUGAUAAAUGUAUUAAUAACGGUCCUGUGAGUGGAGUAUGAGCUGCAACCGGGAGCAGCCAGCAACACGUCAAGUUCAGUAACAGCUACUGCAUUUAGCACAACCGCAAGAGGCAUGGCGUCGGAGGAGGCCUCGCUGCGUGCUCUGGAGAGCCUAAUGACCGAAUUCUUUCACAGCUGCACCUCCAAUGAACGCAAGAGGGAGAUUGAGGAGCUGUUGAAUAACUUUGCUCAGCAGACGGGUGCAUGGAGAUACUGCCUGUACUUCCUGUCCAACACUCGGAAUGAGUAUGUCAUGAUGUACAGCCUGACAGUAUUUGAGAACCUAAUCAAUAAGAUGUGGCUGGGCUUGGCAUCUCAGGAUAAAAUGGAGAUCCGUAGCUGCCUGCCCAAGCUGCUGCUGUCUGAGCAUAAAUCACUGCCAUACUUCAUCCGCAACAAACUGUGCAAGGUGAUCGUUGACAUCGGCAGGCAGGACUGGCCUAUGUUCUACCACGACUUCUUCACAAACACUCUGCAGCUGAUCCAGUCGCCUGCCUUGGCCCCGCUGGGUCUGAUCCUGCUCAAGACCACGUCGGAGGAGCUGGCUUGCCCGCGGGAGGACCUGAGUGUGGCACGCAAGGAGGAGCUGCGCAAACUGCUGCUGGAGCAGGUGCCCACUGUCCUGGGCCUGCUCACAGGGAUUCUGGAGUCAAUCUGGGAUAAACACAGUGUGACGGCAGCCACGCCCCCUCCCUCCCCCACCUCUGGAGAAAGUGGAGACCUGUUAAGCAACCUACUGCAAGGCCCGUACUACUCCAAGCUGCUGUCUCAGCCCAUCCCCAUGCUUAACUCUGAGAGUGAGCACCUCUGCUCCCUGGCCCUGGAGAGCCUGGCACACCUCUUCAGCUGGAUCCCCCUGUCCACUAGCAUCACCCCCGCUUUGCUGGACACCAUCUUCCACUUUGCCCGCUUCGGUUGCGAUGUGCGAGGGGGUAAGGGCAAGCUGAGCAGCACCUCUGUGAAUGGCAGCACCCAAUUACCAGGCGGGCCGAGGCUGGGAGUACUCGCCAUGACCUGCGUCAAUGAACUCAUGUCCAAGAACUGCGUGCCCCUGGAUUUCGAGGAGUACCUCCUGCGCAUGUUCCAGCAGACCUUCUUCCUGCUGCAGAAGCUCACUCGGCAGAACAACACCCACACAGUCAAGAGCCGGCUAGAGGAGCUUGACGAGAGCUACGUGGAGAAGUUCACAGACUUCCUGCGCCUCUUUGUAAGUGUCCAUUUGAGACGGAUUGAGUCUAACUCACAGUUUCCAGUCGUGGAGUUUUUGGCACUUCUUUUCAAAUACACUUUCCACCAGCCCACGCACGAAGGCUAUUUCUCCUGCUUGGAUAUCUGGACCAUUUUUCUGGACUACCUGACCACUAAAAUCAAGAGCCGGUUGGCAGACAGAGACACAGUCUUAAAUAGGUACAAGGACGCACUAGUGCUCUUGCUCAGAGAGGUGCUGAACCGGAUCCAGUUCCGCUACAACCAGGCCCAGCUGGAGGAGCUAGACGACGAAACACUGGAUGAUGAUCAACAGACGGAGUGGCAGCGCUACCUGAGGCAGAGCCUAGAGGUCGUGGCCAAGAUCAUGGAGCUGCUUCCCUCGCACGCCUUCUCCACACUGUUCCCUGUGCUGCAAGAAAACCUGGAUGUGUACCUGGGGCUGCAGCAGUUCAUUGUCACAUCCAGCACAGCACGGAGGCUGAACAUCACUGCAGAGAAUGACUGCCGCCGUUUGCACUGCUCUCUGCGGGACCUGAGCUCCCUGCUGCAGGCUGUGGGGAGGCUGGCGGAGUACUUCUUUGGAGACGUGUUUGCUGCCCGCUUCAACGACGCACUCACUGUGGUGGAAAGGCUGGUGGAGGUGACGUGCUACGGCUCUCAGAUCAGUCUCUACGAUUUAGAAACUGCUGUGCCAUCUGUGCUCAAGCCAGACCUCAUUGAUGUCCAUGCCCAGUCCCUGGCAGCCCUGCAAGCCUACUCUCACUGGCUGGCCCAGUUCUACAGUGAGGUGCAGCGACAGAACCAGGAGCGAUUCGUGUCUCUCAUCACCUCUGCCAUGGACGCCACCACAUCCCUUAUCAGUUCUAAGGUGCCGGAGAAGCUGUUGCUGUCAGCGUGCCAUUUGCUGGUGUCCAUUUCCACAACGGUUCGGCCAGUGUUCCUGGUGACGGUGCCCGCAGUGCAAAACUUGUUCAACCUCAUUACAGACAGCUCUGCUCGACGGCUCCCCCCAGAGGCCCAGGUGUUGGUGUGCAGGGCUCUCUCCAACAUGCUGCUGUUGCCCUGGCCCAACCUCCCUGAGAAUGAACAGCAGUGGCACACGCGAUCCACCAACCAUGCCAACCUCCUGUCUGCCCUGACCCGCCACUACCGCCUGCUGCGGGGCAGCGCCAGCCUGCAGCCACGCAGAGUGGGCCUCGAGGACAUGAAAGCCAUUGUCCACCAGACCCUGCGAGUUCUGAAGGAUGUCGUUGACAGCAUCUCUGGGGAGUCGACAAAGUCACGGCAGAUCUGCUACCAGUCUCUGCAGGAGUCCGUGCAGGUCUCUCUGGCACUGUUCCCAGUCUUCAUUCACCAGCCAGAUGUGACAGAUGAGAUGCUGAGUUUCUUUCUUACUCUGCUCCAAGGCUUGAGGGUUCAAAUGGGAGUUCCAUUCACAGAACAGAUCAUCCAGACCUUCUUAAACAUGUUUACCAGAGAACAGCUGGCGGAGAGUAUCCUUCACGAGGGCAGUGCUGGGUGCCGUGUUGUGGAGAAGUUCCUGAAGAUCCUGCAGGUGGUGGUGCAGGAACCUGGCCAGGCCUUCAAACCCUUCCUCCCCAGCAUCAUCUCACUGUGCAUGGAGCAGGUCUACCCCAUCGUGGCUGAGCGUCCCUCUCCAGAUGUGAAGGCUGAGCUGUUUGAGCUGCUGAACCAGGUCCUUCAUCACAACUGGAGGUACUUCUUCAAGUCAUCUGUGCUGGCCAGUGUACAGCGGGGUGUCUCAGAGGAGCCUAUGGAGAAUGAAGCCCAGUUCAUUGCCAUCAUGCAGGCUUUCGGACAGUCUUUCCUGCAGCCAGACAUUCACAUAUUCAAACAGAAUCUCGCCUACCUGGAGUCUCUCAAUAGUAAACAGAAGCUCUAUCACAAGAAGCUGUUCCGCACCACCAUGCUGUUCCACUUCCUUAACGUGCUGCUGCAGGUGCUGGUGCACAAGAGCCACGACCUUCUGCAGGACGACAUCGCCCUGGCUGUCUACAACAUGGCCUCUGUGGACUUUGAUGGCUUCUACUCUGCCUUCCUGCCAGAGUUCCUCAACAGCUGCCAGGGGGUGGACUCCAACCAGCGCACCGUGCUGGGACGAAACUUCAAGAUGGACCGGGACCUGCCCUCCUUCACACAGUGUGUGCACCGACUGGUCAACGACCUACGGUACUACAGACUGUGUAAUGGGAGUUUGCCUGCUGGGACCGUGAAGCUAUAGCUGUCACAGUGGAUUUCACCAUCGAUAUUGCCAGCUGAAUAUUCCUUUGUUGCUCACCCAGGGCUCCCACAGGCUCCCAAAUGCAACUCUACCCCCAUUUCUCGUCUCCUGGACCCUGACUUCUAGUGUCAGGCUGCCAGACCACUGGAGCUGAGCCUUGUGUUGCAAGAAGGGAGCUGUGGGGAAGGAGGACAUGGGCCUUUUGCACCUUUUUUACAUCUGCAGAUUUCAGUGGAUUUAUCUUUUAGUUUUGUUUUAAUUCUCAUUUACGAAUGUCGAUGCCAACAAUCACAAUGAGGCCAAAAAAAAAGAAGGCUGUAGUAUUUCAGAGACGGGUCCCUUAAGUAUCAUUCCACUGUGCCAAGGGAGGCAGCCUUUUGUUUCAGCACUUUCCUUGUUUUGUUUUAGACAUUGCCUUCAGUUCUUAAUCUCUGAAGGGGAGAAUGAACCCCCAAGAGUCUCAAAACUGAAUUUGAGCUCCUACCAUUCCAUGCUGAUAGUGAAGAACCAUGCUUACUGAAUAAAGUGCUUACGUUCUACAAACUUGUUUUGUAUAGUCAGUAGUUCAUGUGUUUUUUUUGUUUUGUUUUGUUUUUUUAAUACCAAGGCUUGUAUUAUUGUGUAUUUUCUAUUUGUUUUGGCCAUUUUAAUUUGAAUGUUUCUCUUUUAACCUGGUAUGUUUUGUACAGUUCAUCUAUUAAAAUGACUUUGUGUAAAUGUGAAAAAAAAA